AUGGACAAAGCGGCUGAGAGACAUUGUCGAGCAUGUCAUGGGUGCCAGUUGGUGGCACGGCCAGAUCCGCCAGAACCUAUUCGAUCCCAAUCAUUACCUGAUGGACCUUGGCAAGACUUAGCAGUAGAUUUAAUGGGACCACUUCCAUCCGGACAUUCACUAUUAGUUAUUGUUGAUUACUACAGCCGAUUCUACGAAGUCGAGGUUAUGCAGUCCACUACCACUGAAAAGAUUAUAGACCAUCUGGCUGAUACCUUCUGCAGACAUGGACUACCAAAUACCAUAAAGUCAGACAAUGGACCACAAUUUAAGUCGAACGAAUUGAGAGAAUAUUGUGAACUGCAUGGUAUUAUACACCAGAAAGUUACUGCCAAGUUGGCCCAAGCCAACCGAGAAGUCGAGAGACAGAAUCGGUCACUAUUGAAACGACUACAAAUCGCUCAGGCAGAGAACAAACCAUGGAGAGCAGAAUUAAGGAAGUAUCUCAUUGCCUACAGAAGCAUACCCCAUAAUGCGACUGGAAGGAGUCUUGCUGAGCUACUGUUUAACCGAAAAGUCAAGGGGAAGAUCCCUGAUUUGAGCAUCGACCAUGCCUAUGAUCAUGAAGUACAUGAUCGUGAUGCUGAACAGAAAGCUAGGAGUAAAGCUUAUGCAGACAUACACCGCAGAGCCAGUCCCUCCAACAUUGAACUGGGUGAUGAAGUUCUUGUCCAACAAGCCAAGACUAAUAAACUCAGCACAGCAUUUAACCCAAAUCCCUGCAAGGUUGUUAGCAAGACAGGAAACAGCCUCGCAGUAGAAAUUCCAGCAGGGAACCAGCACUCCUGA